AAAAUUCUUCUUGUCUCUAAUUAGUGAGACCGCACGUGACAUCACAUCGGCCAUUUUGUCUAGAACAGAAUAUCCAUAUUGCUUCCUGGUAAAAAAAAUAAAUACACAAUCAUGACAACAGUUUGGGCAGAUCAUCCAAUGGAUGUAAACCUAAACAUGACAGCUAUACACAGUGAGAACAUUCUGAAGAAUGUUGAGAUUAACAAAGAUCGUUUCUUCCAAUUACCAAGUAGCACAGAUUUUCUUCUGUCAAGUAAUUUAAAUGGGUUAUUGCAAUUGAAUGCAUCAAAGUUAGUGGAGAUUGGUCAGUUUAAAACAGGUAAACAAGAUCAAACGUCUUCAAAAAAUUUGGCACCAAGAGCUGAUAUAGUAGAGACGCCAAACAGUAACCACCAACCUUCAGACCAGCUAGUCCAAUCUGUAGGGCCACAAGAAGUGGUUUGUCUAAAAACAUGUAAAAAUGUGGAGUUUGAACCUGAGGAUAAAGAUAAUCAGGAGAAGCCUAUCUAUACAGCAGUGCCAGUUAAUACUCCACAGUAUGUUGGUGGAUUGUACCAGUUGUUGAAUGAGUGUGGUAUUGAAUACAGGGAGGAGACAGUUGUGUCACAAAACAAUGUACAUGUUGAGGAGGUCACCACUGCUUGUCAGCAGUACACUCAAGGACAAAUCAUACAUGGUGACAAAAAUGCAUUGAAAAUGUUGGCUAAAGAUGUGGUCAGUCUGAAGACUGGUACUCAUGGUGUCAUUACAAAUCCGAAAUAUGACUUCCUAUGGAAUCCCAAAUGUUCUGUGAAAAAGCAGAAGAUCCUUGGACGAGGGGGCAAUGGUACAGUGGAACUCUGUAAUUAUAAUAAUGUAGAGUUUGUCACUAAAACAAUCUCCAGAGAUUUCAGAGCCAAUGAAGUGAUGUUCACAAACUGUAUGAGCCAUGAGUUCAUUGUUAAGUCACAUGGAUUGAUAGUGAGAAAUGGAACCCCUCAGAUCAUCAUGGAUUACGCAGGAGACAACCUGUUACACUAUGGUUUAUCCAAAAUGGUGGACGAAAGUGAGAUCUGGAACAUAACAUUUCAAAUCCUGGAAGCCCUUAACUACUUACAUUCUAACCAGAUUAGACAUUUUGAUGUCAAACCUGAGAACAUAGUACUUAUGGAGGAUGCUUUAGGAAACAAAACAUUAAAACUGGCAGAUUUUGGAGGAGCCACUCUAUUCACAGAGGAAGUGGACUGCCUCAGUUGGACUCCUGCUUACAUGGCACCAGAAAUGGACCAGUUUUAUUUAAACAAACAGUUCCCUGGACAAAGAUUGAUUACUACGUCCUGUGGUCAGAUCACAGAGAAAUGUGACAUCUAUUCCUUGGCUUUGUCCAUUCUGUUUCUGUAUGUCAGAGGACACAUCCUCAUCAAACAUAUAACCAAAGGGGUACAGGCAAUGGUGGGCUAUGAGAAAGCUGAUACUGUCAGCAUGAAGAUUGUCAUUAUGAAUGCUAAGAAUCCCAGCCUUGCUGAAAGUCUGAUUCCUCAGAAUGUUGGUAAAGAAAUGAAAGCUGUGUUAGCUGGCAUGUUGAAGGGCAAUGUUGAUGACAGAUGGACAGCUAAAGCUUCUAUGGAUCAAAUGAAAGAACUGUCAUCAGCUUCCCACAAGAGCAUGGAACCUAAAAAGAUAAUCAGAAGAAAGUCCAAAUCCACAGAAAACAAACUAAAGAAUAGCCAGAACAUUAGACCUAAAGUACCCAAACUUGUUAUCGUUACACUCGACAAAACAGGUAGAAAAGUAGGAGAAUAUAAAAACACAGAGCCAUUCACCAUACCAAGGUAUACAAACGGUAACCCCUUAGAAACUGAGGAACACCAACGACCUUUACGUGACCUGAAUAUUGACCUUCAGUUGCAUGUCAUCAUUGAGCAGUCUAACAACGUGAAGGAUGAGAAGAUGAAACAGAUUAUUGAUGAUGAGAAUCGUCCAUUACUGAAAAGGCUGGUCAAACGUAAACUUAAAGAUAAAGUCAACGGAGAGAUAGCUUUCAAGAUGACCAAAAUGAGGGAAGAACUCGAGAGCAGUGGCUCAUCUUCAAGUGGCAUGUCAGUAAACCUUAGUGGACGUGGACAUUUUAUUACGACCCCUACAGAACCAGAAGUUGUUCCUAUGAAUGAGGGGCCAGGCAAUAUCCCAAACUUUGACAUGUUUCUAGAUUGAUCAGAUGUUGUGAUUGUAUUGUUGUGAAUUUUUACUUAAUUUUGUCUUUACAGCUGUACAAAAUAAGAUCUGUAAUAAAUAUUUAUAAAUGAAUGAGAGCAGUUGGAAAAAACUUGUCAGGAAGAAAACAUUAGAUUCAGUAAACAAGUUUUUUGAUAGGUUGUAAAAUAUAUUUAAUGAUCAGUUGUUCUUUUCCAUUUCAUUUCAUUUAGAUAUUGAUAAUUUUGAUCUAAGUCCUUUUCUAUAUUAACAGAACAGGAGAUUUAAACUUCUAUGGUAUACAUUUCAACAGAAUUAUAAAUAGAUUACUAACUGGGAAUUCCUAAUUUAUUUUCUGUUUGGACAAACCAUAGAAAUUUUAAAUAUAAGUUUCAUGUUCCCACUAUUUGGGAUUUCCAAAUAUAUAAAUGUAAAUCAGUUGUGUGUAUGAAACUUGAAGAAUGUGAAAAAUAUUUGUACAUACAAAUGGUUUCUUAAUCUCUUAUUAAAAAAUAUCUGAAAUGGGAAAAUGCUUGAUAUUAUCAAAAUGAAGGGAACCAUUAGAAUGAAAGAUAGCAUUGUAUUAUUGUACAUUUAUUUAUAUUGUAUGUAUAUAUGAGAGAAUGUAUUUAUUUUGUUAAAUGUUGAAUGCUUCAUAGAUCUUCAUACAUGUCAUAGAUUCAUUGAUUCUUCAAUUAUUGUAACUAUGGAAACAUGACAUUAAUAUUUUAGUGACUACAUACAACAAAUUGUGUAUAAAUAUUGGCAUCUUGUAUUUUAUCAAAACUUAAAUUGUAUUUAUUAAGAGUGAGAAAAUGGUCCUUACAAAUUAUCAAAGAAAUAGUUUUGUCCUCAAAUAUUUAUUUUGUAGAAAUGAAAUACACAAUGCAUGCUUUUCUUUUUUUUAUUUUUUGUUGUGAAAAAUAAAUUUGCUUGAGAUCAUUGGACACAGUGCAAUGCUUUGUAUACAUUUAAAGAUAGUAAUAACUAUGAUUAUAAUUUAAAUUAUUAUUGCUUUAUAUGUUAAUUGAUAGUGUUUGAUAUACAUUUAUAUAUGUUUUGAGGAUUUGCCUUCUUCAUAUUUUUAUCCAAUAAAAGUUGUAAAUAGAA